UGUUCCGUGCUGCUCGUCGGUGGAGAAUACGAGCGGCUCGUGCACUUGCCCCCAAUGGCGGCCCGAGUCAGAUCUCCUAACUCAUCGCUGCAUCUUUGGCACGAGUUUCUCUCGACUCUCCGUUACACUCUGGUGGGAGUGACAGACGAUUUGAAAACGAACAUGGCGGCGUCCACGGAAGAGACAGUGGAUGACCGUAUUUCGUGCAAAAUAUUAAUUAUCGGAGCCGGAAUGGCCGGUUUAUCGGCGGCGAACCACUUACUGAAAAAUAACGAGUCAGAUUUUCUAAUUGUCGAAGCGCGGGGACGUAUCGGCGGCCGAAUUGUUGCUACAAAGAUCGGCGAUGACAAGGUAGAAUUAGGAGCAAACUGGAUACAUGGAGUGUUAGGUAAUCCAAUGUUUGAACUUGCCAUGGCCAAUGGAUUAAUAGAUAUAGUAAGCAUUCCAAAGCCUCAUAAAGUAGUAGCCGCUAUGGAAGAUGGGAAGCAAUUACCCUUUCCGAUCUUACAAGAGAUCUAUGAAGCAUACAUUUGUUUUCUGAGACGUUGCGAGGAAUACUUUCUAAGCGCCUAUAGUCCACCCGAGGGAGUGAAGAGCGUGGGAGAGCACGUCGCUCUUGAAGCCGAUCUGUAUUUAUCUUCUUUGCCUCCUGAAGAACGAAGAGUAAGACAGUUACUCUUUGACUGUCUAUUAAAGCGAGAAACCUGUAUCACUGGCUGUGAUAGUAUGGAAGAUGUAGACCUAUUAGAGAUGGGAUCCUAUGCCGAACUCCAAGGGGGCAAUAUCACGUUGCCCGAUGGAUACAGUGCCAUACUGGGACCCGUUGCUAAACAUAUACCAAAAAAUAAAAUUCUCAUUCGACAUGUUGUUAAUAGAAUUAGAUGGGAUGCAGCCGACACCAGUGGAAGUGAAUCCGACGACUCCAAUCGUACGGUGCUUUGUUCGAAUGGAAAUGACAAUCCCAUAGAAGUAAAGUGUGAUAACGGUCGAACGAUAUUGGCAGAGCAAGUGAUAUGCACAUUGCCUUUAGGAGUUUUAAAGGAGAAAGUUAAGGACAUAUUUGAACCUUCGCUGCCCGGUUACAAAUUGCAGGCCAUAGAUAGACUUUUAUUUGGAACGGUGGAUAAAAUAUUUUUAGAGUACGAGAGACCAUUCCUUCACCCAGGGAUCUCGGAGGUAAUGCUUCUAUGGGACGACAGAGGUCUCAGCGAAGAAGAACGGGAGGACUUGAGCAAGUCUUGGUUCAGAAAGAUUUAUUCCUUCACGAAGGUUUCCGAAACUCUCCUACUUGGAUGGAUAUCAGGGAAGGCCGCGGAGUACAUGGAAAACUUAAGUUCAAAAGAAGUUGCGGAGGUGUGCACUUCUAUAUUGAGACGAUUUCUCAACGAUCCCUUUGCUCCCGCGCCAAAGGGAUGCGUUUGUACUUCCUGGUAUUCGCAACCCUAUACCAGAGGGUCUUACACUGCCAUGGCAGUGGGAGCUAGUCAGUUGGACAUAGAGAGCCUAGCGGAACCAUUAUUUGGCUCGGAAGAUCGGUCCAAGAUCAAGAUAGCAUUUGCUGGAGAACAUACGCACUCUUCCUUCUACAGCACAGUGCAUGGGGCUUAUUUAACCGGACGAACUGCAGCUCAAGUGCUGCUAGAGUGCCAGAAAAAUGACAAACAACCGAUGAGUCUUAGUUGCGAAGACACUAGUGAUCUUAGCUCUUGGAUACAGGGAAUCUCUCUGGGCUAGAGCUGACAGAAAUAUUUUCCUAUCUAAAUGGUUGAGAUUAUUUAUAAGUUUUUAAAUACUGGGUGAUUAAGAAGUAACAGAAGCUGCUAGCCACCCUGUAUCUGAAACGCAUUAGAUACUAAAUACUUUAAGCACUUAAAACGACCUGGGAUUAUCCAUCCCCCUGAUUAACGUAUUCCGGAUAUCCGUAAUACGUUUUAAGUGUUUGACCCAUUUGCAAAACGUUUUGGAUAUAUUUAAAGUGUUGAGGAAAUAUUUUAAAUAUACUCUAAACGUAGCUCUUUCUUUCCUACGAGUAUUCGGGAUUUUCAUACAUUUCGUCAGCUUCUAGCGUUAUAUGAAGAUUCCCAAAAAUCAACUAAUUUUGUAUAUAUACAUGAAAAAUUGCCUAAGCUAUUGUACAUACUUAAAAACGAAGCCUAUUUAGAAGUGAACCUGAAUCGAUACGAUAAAGGGUGCAUUUAUGAUUUUGGCUCGUUACUUAUCAAAACCAAAUCAAUAAUAAUUGAAACAAGAACGUCAAGGCAAUAAUUUAUUCCUGGAUGUUCUUGUCCUUAAAUAAUCAAUUUAAGGAUUUGCUUUUUAUAAAUAAUUUUUAAGUACUUCUUGUACAGCGUUAAAAUACCAAAAAGAAAUAAUUGGUGUUGAGAAAUUAUAAUUAUCCAGCAACGAAUAAGGAUGCUCCUGCCAGUAAGCCCUAGAGUCUCCAUUUCCUAAAGUCUAAUAGACACCUACUUGUAUCGAUACAUAAAUUAUUUAUAAAUGUCGACAAGAAUUAAGACGUACAAACGCCUUGAUUGUAACUUUUUUUUGUAGUCAUAACGACCCUUCGGUAAAACUAUUUAACGCAAUAAAUUAGAAUAAUUAAAUUUCAAUACAGGAGCAUCUUUUCCCGCGGGAGAGUCACAUAAAAUACGUUUAUGCGAAUUGAAAGAUUCUAGAGAAAAUUCGGCGAGUUAGUCAGUUCAAACGACAUCGAUAAGAAACUUCAGUAUCUUUACUGAUCGCUACACAAUAAGUGCAAUUGAUCUAGUCGCUCAAUUGUAUCCAGUGUACCACGUUUAAGCCUCGUACACGCCUUUUUAUGUUUUUUGUAAGUAUUAUUUGUACAUAGAUAUGCUGGCCAAAGAAAUGCGAUUCUACUGUCACACGUCCGGUAGCAACGAUUGCACGGGAUGUCCUAUGCACAAAGAGACAAAAAUGGAUACUAUCCUUUUGUAUAUUCUGAGUUACCUGUUAAAUCAGUGCAUAAGAUGGAUCUAAUUACGACACGCGCAUCAUUUCCCUCUGGUACUUAAUUUCCUAAUAUUGAGUAUUAGAAAACGAGAAGUAAAACAGAGGUAAAUACGAGAAACCAAAUUAAGUCCGAACUCGCUUGGUUUCUACACCGACUGAUUUUAUUAUUGUUGUACCCUACAGCAAACUAAAUUGUUACGCGUCGGCCAUUAGUAAUUAACUAUUUUUUGUACACUUAGAUAGUACGAGCCGAUCUCAGGCUUUGUCCAUGUUUCGUUCUAUCCGAGCCUUUGAAUUACACUACACGACACAACUGAUUUUCUAGCAAAGUGCAUAAAAUAUUAUCAAAGCAAUUUUUUGCUUAUACAACGACCUGUGUAAAGUUUUUUUCAAUAGAAAUCACAUUUACUGCAGGUGUCUCGUUCUUAACUAAUCAUGGAGUACCGUUCAAUUGGACUUUAGAAUAACAGUGUACAGAUGAUGUAGAAUUUAUUUAUACACAAGUGUUACAGAACAUUGAAUAUGAAUAUAAUGUGAAUAAAAUACCGUGAAUACCUUCAA